CGACUUGUCAUCAGCUGAGAGCAGCGCGAGGAAACGGAGAACCGAAACAGCGGAGAGUGGAGCAGCACCAUGAGCCACCCGAACCCGGGCCUGCUUGGAGCCUAUAACAGCCUCACAGACAAACACCUGACUGGCUACUUCAACAACACGAGAAUACGAAGACACCUUCAAAAAGUGGGCCUGCUCAGCAGGAGUGGGCGGAUUAUUCCGGAAAAGGAGUACAGGCACAAACUGAUCCAGAGAGCCCACCAGAGACACAUUCGGGAAUGUCUGGCCCAGGCAAUCUUCCACAAGGUGCUGGACUUGGAACGUCUGCAUCAAAUAGAGAUCAAGAGAAAACUUGAGGAAUUUGCCAGAAGAGAAAGGGUGCACAAAAUUAAGGUGGAGUGCUCUAACAGGUAUGAGGAAGAUCCCAUAAUGAUGCUCUCUCCACGGCCGCCGACUGGGCCGAAAAAUUCUCAUGCGCGGCAGUCUGGCCUGGAAGUAGAGCACUCUGAGUCGACAGAAUCACCAGGCUCGUCCCGGCCGAACACGGCGCCGGGGAAGAUGCAGAGACCCGUUCGGCUGAAGCCUCUGAACAGCACAAGCACUCCGGGCUCUCUGAAGCGAAACUCGUCCCGUCACAGGCACCAAGACUCUUCUAAUGAAACGGAUCACCCAUUCAGCUCCCCGUUGGAAAGAGAUGCCGCCAGACACCUGACCCUUACGGACUUCUCCAGCACUGUCUCGCCCUACCGGCUCCCCGUCAUCAACAACUUUGUAACCCCUGUGCCUCCGCUGACCAAGAGGAAGGAAAAAGGGCCGAAAGCGAACGGGACACUGCGCGGUCGAAGGUUACGACCCACCACUGCUCCAAGUGCUGCAGACACACAGGAGGGCACCAUGCACCGUGCGUCAGCUCAGAGCGCUGUGUCUGUGAAGAUGAUUUACUUUGGGAAAAGCGUUCAUCUGUCCCAUGACCUGAUGGACCUGAAGGACGAGGUGAAGGUCUUCCAGCAGCACUGCGGGGGGGAGAACCUCUGUGUUUACAAAGGAAGACUCAACGAAGGAGAGACGUUCCACUUUGUCUCUCGCCGUCACCGUGGUUUCCCCUUCAGCCUGACCUUCUUCCUAAAUGGGCUGCAGGUGGAGCGCCUCAGCUCCUGCUGUGAGUUUAAACACAGGAAAGGCUCGCGGCUCGGCGGGCGGCACGGUCACUUCGGCUUCACCGGGGUGGAGGGAGCAUCGCCCUGCUACAGAUGCAUUAUUGCCAUGGGAUUGGACAAAAAACCCACUCCACCAAAGAGAGUGAAAGAGGAUCCACUUCUGUCCACGUCUCGAGGAACCUCUAAAGACGACGAAGAGGACGAGGAGGAGGAGAAGCCCGAUCUCAGCCAACCACAGGAGACUGAUACAAAAGGAGACGGCAAAGCUAAAAACGACUAUGAGGAAGACUUUGAGGCUGAUGAUGAAGGCCCUGUGGAAGACGGAGCAGACGAGGGGAAUGAAACAACACCUUCUCCGACCAGGGAAGAUGAGGAGGAAAGCGGAAAGAAGGACGAGAAUGAAAAUGAAGUGACAGAAAAGAAGCAAGACUCAGACAGUGAAGCUGGAGAUUCAGACAAAAGUAAGGUCAAACGGUCAUCGUCCGUCUCGUCUCUGUCGAGCACCUCGUCCAGCAGUGAAGAAGAUGAGAGCGAGGAUGGCCCAGAACCAGACGAUGAAAAGGAUGUCCCAGAAGGGAACGUGGAACCAGAGAGGCACGUUUCUACAUUAACUUCAGAAAAAGACACCAAAGUAGAGGAGACAGAAGCCAUGGAGACCAGCUCUGUGUCUCUGCCCCAGCAAACGGAGGAAGAAUCACAAACCCAGGACAGCUUGAAAGAAAAGAGUGAGGUGGAGAUAUCUGAAGACACGGAGAGGGACGACGGAGAGGGAGCAGCUGAAGACCACGUCAAAGCUGAGGAUGAAAGAAAGGAGGUAGAACCAGAGAAAGCCAAGUCUGUGCAGGAGAAGUUGGCAGACGCCAUUCUGAAUGUGGCUGAAUGCAGUUCUGAGCCAGAACUUAGUGAUACCACCACUGAGGAAGAUGAAGUAGCGUCCGUCAUGACCCAGCAGGACAGUCCAGGCGCAGAACCAGAAAGUGAAGCAGCACAGUCACCAUCUGAGGGGAUGUCUAAAGAAAAUGUAGCAGAACCUCUAGAGCCUGCACUGGAGUUCAAAACAGUAGAAGGAGAUGCAAAUACAGAGCAACCCAUGGAGGAGCUAGAAAAAGAAACAGAAAAACCACCACAGCCUGAGUCAACACCACAGGAAGAAGAGAUGAGUGCAGAGGUUAAUGAGGACACAAAUGAACAGCAAGAGAAAGAGAGGGAUGAACAACCUGUUGGUGAGGAACAAAAUGAUUCAGCUGUUAUGGGUGCUGAGACAGAUGACAAAGAGCAGGAGGAGGAGAAGGAGGAACUCGAAAAAGAGGAGGAUAAAGCAAAUGAAGACCCUGAAAUGGCAGGAAAGCUUGACAAUAAAAAGAUGGAAGAGUGUAAUGCAGAAGAAUCAUUGGCACCAGAGAAAGAAGUUGAAAGUCAAGAUACGACAAAUGCUGAAGAAUCUGGAGACACUCCAGCAGAGGAACAAGAAUUAGCACAAACAGGGGAAGACCUUGAGGUGAAGGAUGUGAUCACAGAGCCUCAGCCUGAGGACCCCAGAGAAACAGCUGUGAUUGACACUAAGAGUGUAGGCGAUGCUGAUGAUAACACAAAUCAGGACACUGAGAUAAAGAGCCAGGAGCAAACCGAGCAUGCAGAGAAUGGAGGAGAAGGAACUGGGGAAGAAGCAUCUGCUGAAGAUGAGGUCAAAGAGGAGGUCAGGGCAGAUGAAGAAGAAGCAGUUGGUGAGUUGGAUGGAGAAGAGAAGGAUGAUACUGAUGAAAUGAGAGGUGCAAAGAUUACAGAAGGCACGGAAGAACCUGAGGAGGGCAGUCUGGCAGAUGGAGUGAGAAUGAUGGAGGAAGAGGGUGAAGAGAAAGAUGGCGAAGAGACCAUUCGGGAUGAUCUAGAACAACAGAUCUCAAUGGAAGCUGAAGUGAGCGAAAACAAUUUGGAGAUCAGUGAGGAAGGAAACACAUCAGAGGAGAAACAAGUUGAAGACAUAGUAGAGAAUGCAGAAGAUGCCGUGAAUGACGGUGGACAGAAAGAAACAGAAUCCACACUUGAUAAGGAUGCUGAAGGGGAAGAUGAGAGUAAAACUGGCGAAAACUGUAAAGACACAGAUGAUGUUGAACCUGAGGAAGCAGGGAAAGAAACUGAGUCAGUAAAGGAGGAUGAACCUAAAGGUGGAGAAAGGACAGAGAAAGAGAGUGUAGAGAAAGCAGAGGACAAAGAUUAUCAAGGAGGUACCGAAACCAUGGCAGAGAAAGAUGCUGAAGUGAAAGAUGAAAGUAGAUCUAACAGUGGCAAUAAACCAGAGGAAGGAGUAAAGGAACAUGAAUCAGCCAAGGAGGAUGAACCUGAUGAUGGAGAACAACCAGUGAAAGAGACUGAAUUAGAAGACCAAAGUGGGGAUGUAGCAGAAGAAGUGGAGAACUCUGCUGAUAACAAUGCAAAUGAACACACAGAGGUGAAUGUGGAAGAAAGUGUAGCGAUAUCUGAGGAUAAGGGUGGAGAAGAAAAGACAGAAGAUGGGGAUGGUGGAGAUGAGGUAGAGGUGAAAGAAGGACUGGCAGGCACCAAUUUGGAGGAAACCAAAUCAGACCAAGAACCUGAAACAGAACCUGAAACAGAAAAAGUGGAAGCUAGAAACAAUGUGGCUCAAGAGAUAGAGGAAAGAAAAGAGGAUGAGGAAAUAGUCCAAGAAGAGGUGACUGAAGAUAGUGAAAAUACAGGGGAACAAAUCCCAGCAAGGGAAGGAAGUUUAGAGGUCAAUCAAACAGAAAACAAGCCAGAGGAGAUGGAAGUGGAGGACAAAGUGGAAAAACCUAAAGAUGAUGCCAGUGACAGAGAACCAGAAUCACCAGUAGACAAAGAUGCUGAAGCAGAAGGUGAAAGCAAGUCUAGUGGUGAUGCAGAUAACAAUACAACUGAGGAAGAAUUGAAGGACAAUGGAUCAAUAAAAGUGAAUGAAACUGAUGAUGAAGGAUACCCAGAUAUGGAUGACAAGGAAGGUGGAGAAGAGAAUACAGAAGUUGUCGAGGCCCAGGCAGAGCUGCAGGAAGGAGAGGAAAAUUAUGAGAUGGAGCAAGAGGAAGACAACGAACAGAAAGAAGACUCAAAACCUGCUCUCAGUGAUGGUCUACAAGAAGCCACAGUUGGUAGUGAAGUAAAGGCAGGUGAGAUGGACACAGAAACUGGAGAGAAGGUUGAGGGAGUGAAUGAAAAGAAAGAACCUCCAGCAAAGUCAGAAGGUGAGGCAAUGUCUGAGGAUGGAAAGGAAGAAACCAUCCAAACAGAAACAGAGCAAUAUGCAACCAAUGAAGGUGUUAAAGAUGAGCAGGAAUAUGACAAGGAGAAAGAAGUGGAAAAGGCUAGUAGCAAUGCUGAUGCUGAGGCCGAAGUCCCAUCUGAUGCCAAAACUGCUCCAGAAGAACCAGCAGACCCUGGGUCAGAAAUGAAGGGUACAGAAACUGACCUCGAAAAUGGGGCUAAAGAAGCUAGCAUAGCAGAUGACAAUCAAGCUGGCUUAACUGCUUUUGAAGAGACCGAGCAGGAUGGUGCCACUGAAGAUGACACUCCAGAUGGAGAAGGCAGCAGUUCCCCUGCUUCACCUUCAGAGGAAUCACAGCCUGCUGAGAAAGUGAUGGCUCUCAAAAGAGAGGACAGGGAAUCCGCAUUUAGCGAAGACGCAGAGCUUCUUGCCACACCUCCUGCAGAUCAGGGAGAUCUUGUGAGUAAUUGGGUGAACAUUCAUCAAACGUCGAGGUAUUUUGAGACAUUUGUCGAACCGCUGGAUGACAUAAAGAGCCUCAUCUCACAUGAAGGUGAAAGGAAGGUGAAUGGCGAGGCUGUAGAAGAAGAGGAAGAGACAAAACAUCAAAACGCCAAAGAUUCAGAGUCUGGAGGUAUGGAUAAGACAUCUGAGGCUGCCAAAGAUGAGCAAGUCAAGAGUGACCUUGAAAACCUAGAGGACACCCUUGUAGAAAGUUUCAAAACGGAGUCUAAAGCUGAAGCCCUAGAGUCAGAUGCUAGUAGUAAUCAGUCUAAAGAUACCGCAUCCAGGUCUGCUAAAAAUAUACUGGAAGACCAGGACGAUACAGAAGCACAGGAUAUUGUGCCCUAUACGGAGUCAUUCUUUACCUCCGGGGACCUGCAAGCUGUACCUGUAGAUAAUAUCCUUAAUCUAUCAGAGACACCAGUGACGAAGUUUGAGAUUAGCCAAGAUAGCUAAGGCUCUUGAAGACCCUAACAAACCAUGUUGCUCAUCUAUCCAGACAGAUCCCAGCUAAACACAUCAAACAGUUUUAAAAGGGACUUUUUUGGCAUUCAUUUCCCAAACAGUGAACAAGAGGUCAAGCAGACCUUUUGAAGACUGAUCCUUUGUACGCUGGUAUCCUAAGGAGGAUGUGACAGUGCAAUGAUUGAAGUCUUCACUACCAAUUAUGAAACAGAUGAAAACUCCAAUCAGUAGGUCCCAAAAGAGAACUAUGGCUAACAGAGGAGUGAAUGACAAAGUGAAGGACAACCGAUUAAUAAAAGAGGAUGAAACUGAUGAAGGCAGGAAGCCCAGAAGGAAAAAGAAGGAACAGUUGAAGACUUGGAUGACAAGGAAGGUGGAGAAAAGAAUCAAUGGUGAAUCUGAAAAACGGAAAACUGCUAAGAACUCCAAUCAAUAGUUCCCGAAACGGAACUCUGGCUAACAGAAGAAAUUUACCAAAACAACUUCAUUAAGGCAAAUGUUGUUUAUUUCUAGAAUUAGUGUUUGUUUUUUGAGAGUCCCUGAGUUCCUUGUUGAGGCUGAUGGUGUAAUUUUUUGCGCAUGUCAAACAGAUGGAAGUCAUUUUCUCCAUGUAAGACUAAAGAUUUGCCCGAAGAAUAAACAUAAGAAUAAAAAUAAAAAUAGUUGCAGAUAACCACGAAGAUAAACUUGGAGAAAACAGCACUGGCCACUGUUUGGUACACCUACCUUGAAUCUACCUUCUAUCCACAUAUAGAUUGUAGUCCUUCCGUUUCCCUACAAUAUAGCAUUUGUUUUCAGGGCCCCACACAGGACCACCACUAAGCAGGUCUUAUUUGAGCACUGACAUGGUAGUGAGCAUUUAUUUGGUACAAGUGGAUCAGACCUUGGUCCACCUUGUUGCCGUGCAGUCUGUCUGUGUUAUUCAUUCAUCAGUGGUCAGUUUCUGGCCUGAGGAUGCUGUUGGCCAAACAUUUUGGGUUGGCGGACAAUUCUCAGCCCAGCAGCCGAUCAAAAACUCCAACAGCACUGCUGUGUGUGAUCCAAAGGUGGUCCUGAGAGGGUCCUGACCACUGAUACAUGGGGCCAACAAUUAAAGAAAGAAACUGACUACAAUCUGUAAUUGUAAAACUACAAACUACUGUAAAUGGACCUGAUAAAAUGGACAGUGAGUGUAGGUUCAAGGCUGAUGUAACUAAUGAAGUGGCCAUUAAGCGUGUUGGGUAAAGGUCACUGAGAAUUAAAUGCACAGGCUAAAGGCUUUGCAUCUUUGGAUCCUGGUAUAGCAGGUGGACAAAUGUCUUCAUCAGACAAGUGAUAGAAAGUAGAUCUGGGACUUACAAGGACACCUUUUCAUCCUAAACAGCUGUGUUAUGAGUGGCCAUUCCAGUUUGUUUACACCUCUUUUGGUGAAGCCAGCAUUGUACUGCUCCACUAAUAGAGACAGAGUGAAUUGCAGCCUUAGCGGGGUGGCAAUCAGCAGCCUCCCGAAAGCAGAUACCGCUGGAAGCGUUCAGCACAAAUAAUUCAAUUAUUCAUGCUGUGUAGCCCUCCUGCCACUCAACCACGCACCAACACACUUCAUAGGCCUCUUGAGACACCCUCGUCUUCACCCAAACACAAACACAAAAGAAAACUUCAAAGAAAAUUUCAAUGCCUGCACUUUUCUCUUUGAUCUCUUUAUUUGCUGUUAGAAAUCAAAGAUUUUUAAAUUACCGGGACAUGAAUGAUUCCAAGUCAUUGGUAAUGUAGUUAGAGAACAUUUUGUUCUUAUGAUUAUGCACUUCAGAAGGUGGAGAUGAGAUGGGAACUGCACUGAUAUCACUUUGAAAUGAUGUCUGUUAGGACCUUUAACUUAUUCUUUGUCGUUACUAUAUGAUUUCAGAAACGUAGGGAUACUUGAGCCUGAAGAAAUCACGUUCCUACUGUGGUUAGGAUUAGGAUUAUGACCAAGCUGCUAAAAGCGAUCCACUAAUAAGCUUUGGCAGCAUCAGCUAGCUCCUCUGUUGUGAUCUUUCUAUUGCUUUUUAUUUCAUGACUUGUGAAAAAAUACAG